AUGCCAACCCAAACCGCCAAACUCCUUGGCAUCACACGCUUGCAACCUGCUCAAAUUAGUAUUGGACUUGCUAACCAUACUAUAGCCAAGCCAAGAGGAGUUGUUGUUGAUGUUCUUCUAGAGAUUGGAGAUAUCAAGAUCCCGGUGGACUUUCAUGUCAUAAACAUUCAAGGAGGAUGUGACACACCAUUGAUACUAGGCCGACCCUUUUUGGCCACUGCUGGAGCUGUCAUGGACCUUCCAAACCGGCGAAUGUCCUUAGCCAAUGUGACAAGACAGUCUUUUACAAGACCAUACCAUUCAUCGCACCAAACAAGCUGUCUUACCUCAUCACUGCCCAAGGCCGCCCAAGAGAGCCACCAGACCACACUCAAGGUCACAAUGAGACAAGAACUAAAAGACUAUGUCUCAGGCCGUGCCCUUACCCCAUCUCCAACUAAGAGAUCCUAUCAGUCAAGCUAA